GGAACCUGCUCAUGGGAGCUGCUUCCAGCUACAAACCAAGCCCUGAUGAACUUACUUCGUUUCAGUGCUUUCCUGUACAGGCAAAUUGCCCUAUUCUUCACAGGCAGGAAGGCAGAUGACUGCCUGCCCCUGCCCUGUAGCAAGGAGUUGAUGAAUCAUUUCCUUUUUCAUAUUUUAGUGAAAUUGUGUUGUUCAGAGCUCAUCUAGAGAAUGUCAAUGUUUUUGAGCACUUGCGCUCUUCACUUUCUUCUUGCAAUUGUCUGAAGGCUGGAUUUUGUUUUUGUCUCCCUCCCCUCAGCAGUUACUUGCUUGAAGAGUUGCAGAAGCUUAUCUGUGUGCCCCAGAAGGGUGGGACUCACAGAGAUCACAGGCUUUUUACAAUGAGCCAAAGCCAGCCUGAAGACUAAGAGAAAAUUUGCUGAGGGUUUCAGCUGUGAGUGCCACAUGGGCUUUGCAAAAGCAGCGAUUGCUCUGGAGGGACUCGGCUGGGUCUGGGGCGACUUCCACUGCUAAGAGACAAGAGCCUUUGCAAUGGAUGAUGGAGCAGAGUCUCUGAUGACCGUGCAUCUCCUCACCCAUUUGGGACACUCAUUUCCUCUGCGGCAAACUCUGGAUCGCCUUUUGGAGUGGCUGUGCCUGGACGUUCGCCUUUUCCUGGUGUCCGAGAGAAUUCCCCCCCUGAAAUACUACGAGAGGUACCGCAAGAGGAGCUGCAGCUUCCCUGGAAUAUCCAUCCUCCUUUUUCUGCACGAGGACUUGGGAGAAGAACGGAUUUUCCAGGUCCACGAGCAGUUCCAGCGCCCUCCCUGGCGGUACCAGCGGGCCCAGUUUGGUGAUGGGCAAAGCCCCCCCUUUGCCCCAUCCCACCAGGACUUCUACGGCCUGGAUGAGCAGCUGCCCGUGUGGGGCGUCAGGCGGGCGCACCGCGGCCCCGAAAUCCUGCGCGUCACCCUCUACUGCAGCUUUGACAACUACGAGGAUGCAGUCAGGCUCUACGAGAUGAUCCUCCAGAAAGAAGGCACUCUGCAGAAGAGCACUUUGUGUGUCUUCGUGCUGCACAGCACCCCGCACGUGGCCGUGCAGCUGUGCCUGAAGCAGCUGCCCAUCGGGGUGGCCGCCGAGCCCAGAGACUCGUCAGCCUUGCAGUUCAGGGUGCAAGAAAUCGGGCAGCUGGUGCCCCUCCUUCCCAACCCCUGUGUUCCUAUCAGCAGCACCAGGUGGCAAACACAGGACUAUGAAGGAAACACGAUUCUGCUCAAGGUUCAAAGCAGCUGCAGGACCCUUGAAAGAAACAUCGGGCUUUCCCAGCAGCGCAAUGUAACAGGCAGUGGAAAAAUCCCGCAGGACUGUAUGCCAGCCCCUCUCCCUGGAAAACAGGGUAAUCCUGGGCGGAGAAGCCAGGAGGUGAGAGCUCUGAAGAGUAAAGUAAAACCUGAGCCCGGUGAAGUCGCUGUGUCUGAGCGAGCCGGCGGUGACCUGCGGAGGCGCUCCUGCGGUGCCCGCGGUGCGGCAGCAGCCCGGCCGCGCUGGGAAGCGCCUUCUCUCGGCAGGCAGGGGGCCCGGGGGCCGCGGGCUCCUCUCCCGGAGAGCCGCCGGCCCCGGGCACCAGAGACCGACGUGGACACCGGGCUGGCCGUGGGGCAUCCCGGCCGCUGCCCGCUGAGCCGCCUCCCCGGGGCCCUGCGGAGCAGCCCCCGGCAGCAGCCUCGCCCCGGGGCCGGGAGCGACAAAGCGGAGCUCGGAGCUCCGCGGGCCAGCCCCGCACACCCGGCACCCGACGAGGAGGAGGAAUUCUUUAUAUGACUGAAACCGAACGUGCCAGAUGGACUCGCCCUUCCCAAAGGACGGCGGAGCGCUUUUCGGUGUGCUGUGAGCGCUCUGCUCGGCGGGUACCUCUGCAGCUGUGGCGCCCCGCCAGGGGUCACUGAGGCAGACACUGAAUUCCCAUGGAGAGAUGCUAAGGAGCGUGCGGGGAAAAUAACACUAUUUACUGAAA